AUGUCAAAUUCGUACUUGGAAGUUGCUGCAUCUAAACGAGAGUCGAAUCUCGCAAAGAUCCCAAAAGAAUGGCUGUUGAAAUCGAUCCCCCCACCAGAAGAAGUUCCCAAUGUUUCCAAGUUUCUUCCCAACAUACUAUCCGAUCAGGAGAUGGCGAUAAUCACGAGCACCGCCACAGAACUCGUGGCUACGAUCGCCGAUGGCAAAUUGACUGCUUUGGAGGUCACAAAGGCGUUUUGCCAUAGUGCGGCCGUGAAUCACCAGUUGACUAGGUGCUUAUCAGAGUUGUUCUUUGAUAAGGCCAUCGAAAGGGCGACCGAGCUUGAUGCCUACUUUAACAAGAAUGGCCACACCGUUGGACCUCUUCAUGGUCUUCCCAUAUCGCUCAAGGAUCAGGUGAAUUUGAAAGGAGUCUCCACGUCGAUAGGGUUCAUCGCACCGUUCAUGGCCCAGGAGUACGCUGAUGCCAUCUGCGGCUAUGACGAUUCCAACCGCGAUAAGGACUCACUGAUUGCCCAAUCACUUGCUAAAGCAGGUGCGGUAUUUUAUGUUAAGACCACCGUUCCAAUGGCAAUGCUGGGUUACGAUACUCGUACCACGUUGUUUGGUAAGACUCUGAAUUCCAUCAACAGAAAGCUGAGUCCCGGUGGAUCUUCUGGUGGAGAAGCCUCAUUGAUUGGUGGAUUGGGAAGUGUAGUGGGACUGGGAACAGACAUUGGAGGUUCCAUUAGAGGACCUUCUGCAUUCCAGGGUCUAUACGGAUUGAGAGCUAGUACAGACAGAUUCUCGUAUCUGAACGUGUCGAACUCCUACCCCCACCAGCCCAUUCUCAAGUCUGUUAUCGGGCCGAUAGCUAAAAAUCUCGAGGAUUUGAAGCUGGUAUCCAAAACCAUUAUCAACUCCAACGAGUGGGAAGAAGACCCAAAAGUAAUCCCAAUUCCAUGGAGAGAGACUGAGCUGGGAAACGACCUGAGUUUCGGUAUCAUGGAAUGGGACGGAGUGGUUUACCCUCAUCCUCCCAUUACUAGGGCAUUGAAAAUGGUUGAAAAAGCUCUUCAACUUGUGGGAUACGACACUAUCGAUUUUGUUCCUCCAAUAAAACAUCAGGGUUCAGGCGGUCCUCUGGACUUGCUGAUUGGAAUCUUCACCUCUGACUCAUUGCUCGAGCUUGAAAAGUACUGUGCAAUGUCAGGCGAACCCAUGAACGACUUGCUUUCUGGGUUUGGUGUGAAGAACAAAACUCUUCUCAAUGUUGCUGAAACUUGGGAACAGUCCAAGGAGAAGUAUAAGAUUCAGUUGGCCUACGACGAAGGAGUUAGGGAAACCAGACAUUCGACCAAAUCGGGGAAACCUAUCGAUUGCUUUAUCACUCCCGGCUGGGGCUCCACAUCGUAUAUAUCAGGUGAAAAUUUCAGAUCUCCAUCUACAUACACCAGAUACCUGAACGUCUUGGAUUAUUCCGUGAUCACUAUCCCAGUGACACAUGUGGACAAAGAGAUUGACCUUCCCCACACGUAUUCGCCUACCAACGAGCUGGAUAGAGCCAAUUACGAGAACUAUGACCCGGAAUUAACACACGGAAUGCCUGUGACUCUGCAGCUGGUUUGUGGAAGGUACCAGGAAGAAAAGUGCGUUGCGCUGGCAGAAAAGGUUGUUGAAGCUUUGAAAAGCGUGCAAUAG